ACCAAGGUCGAGUGUGGAAAGAGGAAGUGUAAUUGUGUUUCCUGGUCUGUGGGUGGCCAGGGAGGGCUUCUCUUGGGACUUGUUGGCUCAUAAGGUUGUUUUGAUUGUCUAGGAGCUCUGUGUUUCUUUAAAUGUGUUCGGUAUGGAAGCUCUGACGCCGCCCUACCUUGUGAUAUGAUGGAUAGAGAACUGCCACUCUCCUCAUCUGUUGUAUGUGUGAGGUGACUUUUUGGGCCUCAUGUCCAAUCCACUGGAGGAAAAAAUGAUCGACAACCCCAGUCGGGCGUUAGAUAUGAGGCAGGCCGUGUUCAGCCGUGCACCUCUCUCCUACAGGGUGGGGAACUCCACCUUACAUUUACAGACAAAGUUUGUAACGCUAGUGGCAGUGGUUGGCCUCAUAGCGCUUCUGGUUCUGUUCCUGGUGAUGCCCUCCUCUCGCUAUGGCUCCAGCAACCUGACCACCGACCUCUUGGGCCACGGCGAGGACCACAUCCACCCCAAACACAAGCCCUGGGUCUCCGGGUUCUAUAACAGUACCUACCCCCUGAGCACCCCCGUCUACAGCGACCGAGGCUACAUCAAGUAUCGCAUUGCCAUCGUCUCGGACCUCGACCAAGCCUCCAAACACCCCACGGAGAAGAACACCUGGAUCAGCUACCUCAAGAAAGGUCAUCUGAUAGUGAACGUGGAGAGCCAGGAGGUCAGCGUGGAGUGGGACAAGGAGCUGGUCACCCUCUCCUCCAACAUGGCGUACGGGGGCCGGGGGAUGGAACUGUCCGAGCUGGUGGUGUUCAACGGCCGCCUCUACGCUGUGGACGACCGCACCGGCGUCAUCUAUGAGGUGGACCUGCAGGGGGGGCGCACCAUACCCUGGGUUAUCCUCACUGACGGCAAUGGCAGGGAGAGGAAAGGCUUCAAGAGUGAGUGGGCGACGGUGAAGGACGAGACCCUCAUCGUCGGGGGCCUGGGCAAGGAAUGGACCACUUCCAUGGGGGAGCUCGUCAACCAUAACCCCCAGUGGGUGAAGACGAUCACCACCCAUGGCCACGUCGAGCACCACGACUGGACCAAGAAUUAUGAGAAGCUGAGGGAGAGCGUCGGCAUAUACUUCCCCGGGUACAUGAUCCACGAGGCGUGUGUGUGGGCAGGGGAUGUGCUGCAGCGAUGGGUGUUCCUGCCGCGCCGUGCCUCCACCAAGCGGUACAAUGAAGCAGAUGACGAGUACAAAGGCACUGACCUCAUGCUGCUGGCCUCUGAGGGCUUCGAGGAGGUCAAGGUCAAACACAUUGGAGACAAGAUCCCGACACACGGCUUCUCCAGCAUCAAGUUUGUCCCCGGCACCAAGGAGAACCUCAUAGUGGCACUCAAGUCAGAGGAGGUGGAAGGAAAAAUUGCCACCUUCAUCAUGGCCUUCACCAUCGAUGGGAAGGUCCUCUUACCUGAGACCAAAGUCGGAGAUUACAAGUUUGAAGGGAUAGAGUUUGUAUAAUGAAGGCAUGAGUGUAUGUGGGCAUUUGUGUGUAUAGGGGAUUGUUUCUCUCUUCUUUUCAUAUAGUUUUGCACUUCUAUUUUUCUCCUUUUUAAUUGGGGGUUGUGUUGUUUGUGAAAUCAUAUGGUGAGUCUGAUUAUUUAUUUUUCAUUAAUUGAUUUUGUAUUUAUUGAAGAGGUCACUUAUAUAUACAGGUGACACUAUUCACCUGUCAUUUACACCUGUGCAUAUGGGACCCCAACUUACCUUUAACUGUACAAGUGUGAGUUUUCCCGUUUUAUCACAGUAUAGUUGUGUUUUUUUUCCUCUGUGUCGACAUUUUUUUACUUUAUUCUCUUAUUAUUCAGCUACAGGUGUGAAAAUUGAAUAGUUUGUGAUAUAUUUUAUUUUCUGCUCUAUGUAUAAUUGAGUGAUUUUUUUCUUUUCUUUGAGUAUUGAGUGAGUGCAUUCCUUCAUGAGUCACCAUAACUGAUUCUUUUGUUUUUCAGUUUGCAUAGUUGAGUGAAUAUUUUUCUUCUCUGAUUUUGUAUAAUUGAUUUUUUCUUCUUUGAGUUUCUGUUAAUAUUGAAUGAGUUUUUUUCUUCUCGUUGUAUAACUGAGUGAGUGUUCUGUAUCCUUUUUUUCUUCAUUAACCCAGUAGCAGCAGGGAUCAUGUUUCUUAAUGGUCCCUCUAAGCAAGAAAAAUGAGAAAAAAUCAUCACUCACACAAACCAUUUCAUAAUAUAUAUCAAAGCAUUUGUGAUCAGUUUAUGUACCAUCUAUUUUGGGGGGGUUAAAUCAUGGCACAAAUUUGGCCCAUCGCUGCAACACGGUAAAGCCACAAAUUUGGCCCGUCACUGCUACCGGGUUAACUUCUGUAUAACUAAGUGAGUGUUUUUCUUCUCUUUGUAUAACUGAGUGAGUGUUCUGUAUCCCUUUUUCUUCAUAAAUUUCUAUAUGAGUGAGUGUUUUCUUCUAUGUACGAGUGAGUGUGCUGUAUCCCUUUUUCUUCAUUAGUUUCUAUAUGAGUGAGUAUUUUUUCUUCUCUAUGUAUAACUGAGUGUGUGUUCUUUAUCCUUUUCUUCCUUAAGACUGUAUACAUAUAGCUGAACUUCUAUUUUUCUUUCCGUACAUGUUGUGUAGUGAUCAUUAUGGCAUUUAAGAUUAUUUUUUUUAUAAGCAUAAGUAAGCUGGGUUGUAUUAUAGUGAUGAUAGUGAAAAGGGCAGUGUGGGCGUAAGUUACUAUAGUGGGCAUUGUUCUUGUAUAGUGAACGGUCUUAUAUGGUGUGCUCGUAGUGAGGGUGAAUGGAGAUAAGGUUGAAAGGGUGAAUAUAAUGAAGUGUUUAGAGUAUGGGAGUGUAUGUUGGCUUUGUACCUGUAGUGAUGGUGAAUGGAGAUACAACUGAAAGGAUGAAGGGUGAAUAUAAUGAAGUGUAUAGAGUAUGGCAGUGUAUGUUGGCUUUGUACCUGUAGUGAUGGUAAAUGGAGAUACAAUUGAAAGAAUGAAGGGUGAACAUAAUGAAGUGUAUAGAGUAUGGCAGUGUAUCAUGGCUUUGUAUCUGUAGUGAUGGUGAAUGGCGAUACACUGAAAGGAUGAAGGGUGAAUAUAAUGAAGUGUAUAGAGUAUGGCAGUGUAUAAUGGCUUUGUACCUGUAGUGAUGGUGACUGGAGAUAAUCUGAGAAUGGUGAAUAUAAAAAAGUCUAAAGUGAGGAGUGUAACUAUGAGGACUGGAGUAUUGAAGUUUCUGUGUUUAAUGAAGGGAAGGCCAUAAUAUUGCUGUCAUUAUACACACUAACAUUUUAUCAUGAAGGUGUUUGUAUAUGACUAAUCCCAAAGUUGAUUUUGAUAUUUAAUUCCUUUUUGGUUUAUAAGAUAUUUCCAUCAGUUGAGAGAGGUUGUAUGUGUAGUGAAUUCAUGAUUAUAAUGCAUGAUUUGUAGAGUGAGGGCAAGAAAAAUGGUGAUACUGAAGGUGAAUAAGCUAACAUUUUGUGUUUGGGAAUUUGUAAUAAAAGUAGCUUAAAAAAUGGCUUAGGACAAGGGUGUGUCAUGUCACCAUGGUCAUUCAAUAUUUAUAUGGAUGGUGUUAUUAGAGAAAUUAAGGGCAAAGUUGGAGAAGUUGGAGUAAGACUGUUCGAUGAGGGAAGGAAGUGGGUACUGAAUUCGAUACUGUUUGCUGAUGACACGGUGCUCAUUGCAGAAAAUUAAAGUGACCUACAAAAUUUGGUCUGUGUUUUUGAUAGUGUCUGUAACAGGAGAAAGCUGAAAGUAAAUGUCAACAAAAAUAAAGUGAUGGUUUGUGAGCGAAGUAGAAGUGAGGUUGUAGAUUUUGUAUGCCCAUAUAGAGUGGGAAUUGAAUGUGAAAAAGAAUGCAAAAUAAUUUUGAAUGGUGAAGAAAUGGAGGUCAAUGAGUUUAAGUACCUUGGAUCAGUUAUGUGUAAGCAUGGUAUACUCAAAGAAGGGUGGCUAGUGUUGUUGAGUUUACAAAGUGAUUAUCUGUGGUUUGAUUUUGAGUCCUUUCUUUCCCCUCAGAGGCAAUUUACACUUGUUUUCUUUGUUCUUUAUACCUUCUUACUGUCUCCUUUCCUCAUCUGUAAUACAAUCCCAGUUUCUUUCAUGUAUCUUCCUUUUCACUGUCUAUAAUGACCAUCUAACUUUGCUUGCACUUCCUUCUUUUCAAAGAUUGAUAAUGCACACUAUCUAUCUUCAACUUUAAUACCUUUCUUUUUUACUCGCCUCCUUUCCCUCUAUUUUUUUUAAAGUUCCAUAUAGCCUGCAUGUGUCCACCUUAUUUUUCACCUGGGGACUCUCUGUUUUCAAUCCACAUAUGCCUCAUUCUGAUUCAGGAUUCAUAGGUGCACAAUUUUGUCAUAAGUCAUUUCAACACUACCCUCAACAACUACCUCUGAGCUAAAACACAUUCCCAGUACUUCUUUCGUCUUUUUUAUUCCCUCAAAUGUAAACUAAAUGUCCUGUUAAUCUUCCUCUGUAGUAAAACACACCCAGUACCUCUCUCCCUUUUUAUAUUCCUCGUCUUCCUCAGUUCCAACCUAACUAUCCUGUCAAUUUUCCUACUACCUCUCAAAUAUAUAACACACACACACACUACCUCUUUCAUCUCUUUUUUUAUUUCCCUCAAUAUUCCUCAGAUGCAACUAACCGUUUUAAAUCUUCCAUGUCCUAAUUAUCUUAAUACCGCUACUUACUACAUUAAUGCCCUUAUAAUGUUUUUCCUUCAUAUCCGUACUAAUAAUUCCGCCCUUAUAUAUUUGACACUAUUUUUUUAUCUCGCUUCUUCCCGACAAGAUAACACAUGACGUUUUCCCGCAAUAUUUUCUCUUCAUAGUGCCACAUAGCUCAUUUCUGUAUUCUAGUUUAUUAUCUUCACAUAUAUCUUCAUGUGUGCCGUAAAGAUGAUUGUGUUUACAAGUAAUUUUAACUGGUGCAUGGUCUAAGGGUGACUGUAUAAGAUGACGUAUGUUGGUGAUCAUCAAACAGUAAAGUCUUGAAGAGUGUGAGAUCAAGUUGCAUGAUUUGUGAGUGAGCUACAAAAUAUUCAACAGGAAACUAUGUAAUAUCACCGUUACCAGAUUAUCGUACUCAGAGCAUCACAAUUACCAGCUUCUCCCCCAUAAAUAUCACCAGAAAACAGGGAUAGUAAACCAUUUCAACAAUAACUAUAAAUAAAUCUCAUUAUUGUGGCCCAGGAAACAGUUUUUGGGAUGAAAAUCGGGAAAUAUGAGAAACUGAGUAUGACAAUCUGGCAGCGUUGUGUAAUACUAUGAGCAGGUUUAACCCAGUAGCAGCGGGGAUCACGUUUCUUAAUGGUCCCUCCAAGCGAGAAAAAUGAGAAAAAAUCACCCCUCACACAAACCAUUUCAUAAUAUAUAUCAGCAUUUGUGAUCAGAUUAUGUAUAGUCUAUUUUGGGGGGUUUAUAUCAUGGCACAAAUUUGGCCUGUCACUGCUACACGGUAAAGCCAUAAAUUUGGCCCGUCGCUGCUACACGGUAAAGCCACAAAUUUGGUCCGUCGCUGCUACACGGUAAAGCCACAAAUUUGGCCCGUCGCUGCUACACGGUAAAGCCACAAAUUUGGCCCGUCGCUGCUACACGGUAAAGCCACAAAUUUGGCCCGUCGCUGCUACAUGGUAAAGCCACAAAUUUGGCCCGUCACUGCUACCGGGUUAAAGUGGCACAACUCACUGACCAUAAUGAGAGAAAUUUAAUGGGGAACCAAGUUAAACAAGUGAAAUUCAAACAGCACAACCCAUAGGUGCUAAAUAGUGUACAUUUUAGUAGACCAAGCUUAUGUUUCACUCAGAGUCUUGCAUGUUUCAGCACCCUACUGUAGUAUUUUAUCUUUUUUAUCCUCAACUUAUUAAAGGUUAUCUGAUUUUAGUUAUGAUUGAAACGAGUGUGAUUUGAGGGUGACUCCAUGAUGAUAUAUUGAUGAUAAUGAUGAUUAUACAUGAUUGUGAGGUGAAGUAUCUUGUUAUAUAAGUAUAUCAAAAAGCCAAACUGUGUACAUACCAUCUUAACUUAUUGGUGUGACUGUUUGGGGUGUAUGGUGUGACCUGCUUGGUGGGUGGUGACUGAUUGUGAUGCAGCUCUGGACUGGUGGUGAGGAUGGUGUUGUGUGGUUUGGUUGUGUAAUGGUGACAAGACCUGAUGGUGGUGAUGAGCUGGUUCAGUAGUGGUGAUGUGCUUUGAUGGUGAUAGCUGUGGUGGUGAGAGUGGUGAAGUUAUUGAAAGGGAGGGAGGUGGUGGUGGUGGUGGUGCUGAAACUGGUGGUAAUAGUGGUAGUGGUGGAGGAAUGCUGUAACACACACACACACACACACACACACACACACACACACACACACACACACACACAUGCAUACA